AGUCUUUAUAAAAUUAUAAAAAAUAAAUGAAGGAACUCGUAACUAGGGACGCUUCAGUCGAUCCGCGCAUGCGCACUCCUGUGAUGGACGACAACAUCCUCACUGCAGAGUUGAAAUGUUUGCCCGCUCGACAUAAUGCGGCUUUUGUCGUUAGUGAAGAUAUUAAACUUUAGCUAAAUUAUUUAUCGUAGACUCGGUUAGCGGAUAUGAAGCUAACGCGGAAACUGGUGCUCGCUAAGGCGAAGGCCUCCGACCUGGACAGCGUGAAGAAACUAAACUGCUGGGGAUGCAACAUUACUGACAUUUCUAUCUUCUCCCAAAUGCCCAACAUUAAGGUGCUGACACUGAGUGUCAACAGCAUCUCGUCUCUUGCUCCUCUGGCUGACUGUCUGUCUCUGUGUGAGCUCUAUCUGAGGAGGAACAUGAUUCCUUCUCUAUCCGAGCUCUUUCACCUGCGCACGUUGACACGUCUCCGGGUGCUCUGGUUGGCCGAGAACCCCUGCUGUGGAACUGAGUCCAGCCAUUAUCGGCUGACUGUGCUGCGCUGCCUGCCUCGUCUCCAGAGGCUGGACAACCAGGUAGUGACAGAGGAUGAGAUUGCACUCGCUAUGAUGGACGGUGAUGUGGUCACCACGCCACCAGACAGCAUCCAAAACCCGCUUUCUACAAACGGACUUCCAGAAGCAGAGACAGAGAAUGACCCGCUCAACUACAACAUGGAGGAGACCAAUAAAAUCAGGGAAGAGUUGGGGAUGAAGCCCCUUUCCAGAGACAAGUUCUCCUCUCUUUCCUCUCCAUCACCCAGAGAAACCAAAUUAUCUACGAAAAAGACACACACCCUUGAUGCAGUUCUGCUGCUGCUGAAUGAUUUGGAUGAAGAGGAGCUUCACAUUUUGCAAACAGCAACACAGAACCGACUCCAGACGUACACACUGGACCCAGAAACACUCAAAGAUUCAUUGCAGUCACACAAAACCACUGACAUCCAACACUGAAACAACAUGGUCCGAAUCAUAGACCGUAUAUAAAGAUGGAUGACAUAUCAGCUCCCCAGAAGUGAAGCCAGAGCAUCUUGAUCACCCCCUGGUGGCUGGCUGCAGUAAAGGUCAUAAACCCAGUUUCCUCCAUGUAAGUGGAUUGAAUCGUAUCCUAAUAAUGUAAGUUCAAGUCUUCAAUCUAUUAAAACAGGGUGAAAAAUAUUGAUUAACAGCUGAAACUGACUCAUGAUUUGCCAAUUAAUGUAAGGAACUCGCUACCGCGGCGCCAUGCCUCGAUCACUACUGGAAUCUGGCUCUAAAUGUGCAAGAUGGCUGCGUUCAUAUCUUAAAUAUUUUAGCCUCAUUUCUGGAUAGUGGGAGGAAGUGAAGAUGUGUUGUCCAUAUCCAUAGGUCUAUGGUUCUAACCCCCCACACAUGCUCCUUCUGAUUUCAAUAAGCACGUCUUCAUUGCACGUCACAUGGAAGAGAACUGAAUCAUUUCUUUGGCUUUGUUUUUUGUUUUGGAGCAGCAUGCCUACCUGCCUUGUAAGAACAAAAGAAUGUAUGUUUUGCUAAAGGGAAAUCUAUUUCUGUAAUUAGAGAGAAUAAAUUGCAAUACAUUAA